AUGCAGACGGUUCCCAUCAUCAGGGAGCCUACUCCCCGCAAAGCUCCUUCGCCGAUUCGGUCCCGGUCAAAGUCGCCCGCCCAGAAGAGAUAUUCUCAUCUUCUUUACUUGUCAGAGGCAGAGCGACAGAUAUACGUGUCGAAGAUGGAAAAGUCAUCAGCUUCGUCUCUUCGCUCCUCCAACUCCGUCCGCUCAGACCGCACCGCCACGUCAUCGGCCGGGUCACAAACCUCGGUGUCGACCGGGAUGCAAUCAAAGCUCAGCAUGCAAGUGCCUCGUUUCGUGGACGACCAUUAUCCCUUGAUCACGUCCAUCAACCUGCACAACGUUCCUGCUGCCGUACCCAAGGAUCAUCCAGCCUUCUGGUGUGCCCGUCAAAUGGCCCAGAUCCACAACACCAUCAUCCGCGCCCUGAAUGCAUCGUGGAACCAGUCGAUCUUGGUUCAACCUGAUACACAGGAGGCCGCCGAUUUCCUUCUCUUCAACCAAAUGCUCUUCAACACCCUGAACCAUCACCACCAUGUUGAGGACGAUUAUAUGUUCCCGGCAAUCGAGAAGCUGCUGAACCAACCCGGUGCCUUGGAAGAGAACACCAAGGGCCACGAGUCAUUUGCCGAGGGACUCACCAUCUUCCAGAAAUAUGUCUUCAUCACCAAGUCGGCGGAGUACAAUGGAGCCACCCUUCGUCACAUCAUCGAGUCUUUUGCGCCCAAUCUUAUCCAGCAUCUGCACGAUGAGAUCCCUACCCUUGCAAACCUCCACACCGUCGACGGCAAGGAGUUGAUGAAGAUCUGGAAGCACGCGGAACAUAUCGCCACCAAAGACAACAGCCUCUACACCGACGGCCCCUGGACACUAGGGUGCCAGGACAAGUCCUUCACUAUCGACGGCGAGAAGUGUAGCUUCCCCAACGUCCCUUGGGUGAUCGAGGCCGUGAUCAGGAAUUGGCACGCAAAGAAGCAUGCAGGUGCUUGGAAAUUCUGCCCCAGUGAUCUGUCUGGAAGGCGGCGAAUGCUGCCCGUUGCAUGA